AUGCAAAACAUCAUUGAUCUGAUUUCUUCCGAUCCUCCAAUUCCUGAAAAUCUACCACAACAUGCAACAUCCUCCAUCUUCAACCUCCCCCAACGUUCAUCCCGCUUGGGACUGAUUUCUUCAGACUUGAUCGACGCUUCAUUUGGUGCCCACGAUGAGACCGAGAUACCCGCCAAGAAGAGGAGAAUACUCCCUGAGCGUCAAUCCCCUCCUCGAUGCGCCGAUUUCGCGUUGGGAUCCCACGAAUCCGCAUUUCCAAGCUCAAUUCCCACGACGUUAUUUUCAGACGACGAAUUUUGUCCUGCACCCUCGCGACCCGCUACAUCGAACAAGCAACCAGGGCCAAACGUGGACGAUUCAGAUCCUUUUGUUUUCACAUCCCCAGUAGCUCGCCCGCUUCGACCCAAACCAAUGCUCUCCAACUCAAAUAACCGAAUCCACUCCGCCCCUCCCCCACCAACAUCUCAUAACCGACACCCCCCGCAACAGGACAUUAUUACACUCUCUGACGAUGAUGGUCAAUUCCCUAAGCCAGUCGGAACCUUGGCAUCGGGCACGCAGGACAGCAUAGACGAGUUUAGUGAUCCAUUCUCCAUCCCGGGGUUUACAGAUACAAUCGAGACUAGCGAAGCUCCUAAAAAGGCGAUUUUUUCUAGCACGACGGCAGAGUUGCUCUUUUCUCUUCGCGCAAAAGAAAAACCUACGAGUGCAAAGAAGGUGUCGAGGAUAGGCAUUCGGAAAAACAAGAGUUCUGGAGGGGGUACGGCGGGGGAUUGGAACCUUUCUGAUGAGAUCGACGAGCCUGCUGAACCAAGGCGUCCAGCAAGGAAGUCCAGCAAAAUGACGCCCGAAGAGAAAGAAGCAAAGGUAAAUGCCCGGGCCGAAGCAAAAGCACAAAAGGAUCGGGAGCGAGAGCUCGAAAAGGAACGAAAAGCGAAAAUAAGAGAAGAGAAAGCAAGGCAGAAGCAGGUGGCAGCUGAUAUCUCUGAGGUGAAUAAACGCAAGGUCGACAAGAAGGAUUCGACACCAGAGAUGAUAAUUCAUAUUGCAUCUUCACUGGAGGAAGGCAGUGUGGGUAUCCAGACCAUUGAGUUCAUGAAGCGAUUGGGAGUGGAGCGCAAGUUCUUUGCUAGCACCAUUCCUAAUCUGAUCAAAUGGAGCCGAACGAUCAAAGCUAAUUACAAUGAGGCGGCCGGUCACUGGGAGCCAUGCCCUUUGCGGAUUGAAGAAGAAAAGCAUGUUCUCUGUCUGGUGCCGGCGCAAGACUUUGUUGAUAUGGUGAUUUCUUCCCCCGAUAGUGAGGAAGAAGAUACCUUGGAACUCCAUGUUCUCAAAAUUCGGAGCGCAUACCCCAACCAUAAACCCAUCUAUCUCAUCGAAGGACUUACUGCCUGGAUGCGGAAGAACCGAAACUCGAGAAACAGGGCUUACCAGGCGGAAGUACUCCGUCAAUUUGAUGAGCCAGUUCCUGAACCCCCCACCACCGGCCGUGCGCGCGGCCGGAAACCGAAGAACAAGCCCGAAACCACACCCCCCGUUGAUGACGAUACGAUUGAAGAUGCCCUCCUCACGCUUCAAGUAACAUAUUCAUGUCUUAUUCACCACACCAAUGCGCCGGGGGAGUCAGCGGAAUGGAUCAAGAACUUCACCGAACACAUUUCGACAAUCCCCUACCGACAGGAAAUGAUGGACGGCAAUGAUGCAGCGUUCUGCAUGGAUGUGGGUCAAGUCAAAUCCGGUGAAGAUAACUCGGAUACUUUUGUCAAGAUGCUCCAGGAAAUCAACCGUGUGACCGCGUCCAUGUCGUACGGUAUUGCUGGCCAGUAUCCGUGCGUGACAGACCUGAUCCGUGGGAUGCGCAUGCAUGGACCCACGACACUCGAGGAUGUUAGGAAAUCUGCAAACAAGAAUGGUGCAUUGACGGACUCGAGGGUCGGCCCCGCCACCAGUAAGAGGCUGUACAAGGUAUUUACCGGACUUGAUCCGACAUCGACCGAUGUCUAG